UGUACUGAGAACCUUAUAGCUUCCCAGCUGAUCUUACAUAAUCACUUUAAUAUUAGUUCCUUAUCACUCUGCAGCCAUGAACGAGUCAGCUUUGGAGCGCUACUUUGAUCAUUUCAUCGAAAAUGACUCCUCCAGGAAGGAGAAGGAGGUGAACGAGGAGUUCUUGUGCCUCCUGCCGGACGAGCUCCUGGCGCUGAACAAAGAUGACACCGGUAACGGCAGCAGCAGUUUGGACUACAACUCCCAGAAUCCCACAGCAGGUGCAUCGUCCACGUCGGCGCCGGAGGAUCGUCCCGCGACCCACGUGACGUCUGUGACACAGCAACAACAGUUCCUCCCACAGAUACAGAAUAUCAUCUGUACGGUGAAUCUGGGCUGCCAGCUGGACCUGGACCUUAUCGCUCGCAAAGCGUGGAACGUUGAGUACAAUCCAGAGGUUUAUAAGGCGCUCACCAUGAGGCUGCGCCAGCCGCGAACCACAGCUGUGAUCUACAAAUCUGGGACUCUGGUCUGUCUGGGAGCCAAGAGUGUGGUGCAGGCCCGCCUAGCGGCCCGGCGGUUCUCCCGCAUCGUGCAGAAGCUGGGCUUCCCGGUCCGGUUCCUGAACUUUAAGAUCCAGAACACGAUGGCGAGCUGCAACACCUUCGCAGUCAGCCUGGAGCAACUGGCCCUGCAGCAGCACUGCAGGUCAUUACCUACACUUAGCUAUGAAGCAGAACUGUUUCCCGGCCUCUUCUACACCGGCAUCCCCAACGUCUCGAUUGUCAUCUUUGCAAACGGCAAGAUGUCUUUGGUCGGAGCGACAACGGAAGCUCAGAUCUACGAAGCGCUUGGUAUCAUCCGUCCAAUCCUGAGCCGCUUCAGGAGGCACUAACCUAACGAGAGACAGACAGACUCCUGAUUUGUACAUUUUAA